AUGUAUUUCAAGCACAAAACAGACGACGGCAUCGUGAACCCAGAGUUCUCGGAGAACGAGGAGCUCUCUUUGGUUACUCUAGCACUGGUCCUCACUGUGAUUGACAAUUGCCUCGACGAGUGGCAAACAGGAGAACAUGUUGAUGUCCAGUUUUCAGCUGCGACCUACAAGAACAAGUUCAUUGCUCACCUCAAACGACUUGAGGACUUCGCUGAGAAGACGAAGGAUGCGAACAUCGUUUCGCGUUUGCGUAAGCAUCUGCUCAAAAUGGCGAAUUUUGGUACAAAUUCUAACAACGUUAGAAAACAUGCCAAGGCUGAUGAUGCACCUCAAGUCAUUCAAGCUGCUAGGGUCACCGAAGAUGAGGUAGAGGCAGCAAAGAAGGAAUGGGAAGGUCUGGUGUUGUCGGAAGAGGAGGAUUGA